AGUGACUGCGAGAAUUGCCAUCACUGGGGGGUUGCAGCCGCCGCAGCCACAAGGCCCCGUGGCAGAGGGAGGCCGUCUUACGACACGGCCAUAGCGCCAGAGCGAGGACAUCUCAGUAGGCACUCACAGUUGAGUGGCCGUUGCGGGGAGGCAUCCGUUGAUUCGGUGUUCGUGGGUGCUAGUUUUGUGUGCUGUUCCUACAGUUAUCAGAGACCAUGGCACUUGUCAGUCGAGGUGGCCGACGGUGCCCGACACUGCCUCUAUCUCUGUCUCUGCUGCUUCUGCUGCCGGCUCUGGUCUCUGCCAGCAUUAAGCCAGGCUGGUGGCGCAAAGAGUCGCCCCAGGAGCCCGAGCCGCGGCCGUCAGUGCCCACUGCGCUGGAUCUGCCGCUACUGCAGGAGCUAGUGGCAGACCCCGCCGAGAACCAGGCCGUCUCGCCGUUCGUGAUGUCGUCUCUGAUGACGCAAGUGUGCCUGGGAGCCGGCGGCACUACCAGAGACGAGAUGAUGCCUAUCCUGGGCCUGGAGGACCCCGAAACGGGCGCUGAGCUAGACUAUCUCAGCGGCUACCAGUCGGCGAUCGAGCAUCUCUCCUCCAACACCACCAACAUCACCGUGGCCACCUUCAACGGGAUGUACGUGCGGCCGGGCUUCUCUGUGCGGCCCUCCUACCGGAGCACACUGCGCCGGGUGUACGGCUCUGACGCGCUGUCCAUCACCUCCCCGGAGGAGACGGCCCGAGAGAUCAACGCGGCCGUGGCGGAGGUGACGCGAGGGAAGAUCGCCGAGCUGGUGGCGGCCAACCAGCUGCAGGGUGUUGACCUGGUGCUGGUCAGCGCGCUCUACUUCAAGGCGCUCUGGCAGCGCCCGUUUGUGGCCGACGACAGGCCGACGCCGUUCCUGACGGCUGAAGGAGAGCGCCGGCUGACGAUGAUGUCCCUGCCGGACCCCACGUCUCUGCUGUACGCCAACCUGACGCAGUUUGAGGCGGUGGCGCUGCCGUACUCGGACCCUGAAUACAGUCUGCUGCUGCUGCGGCCGGCCGAGAGGAGCAUGGAGUCCGUACAAACACUGCUCGACAUGCUAGACACGCUGGACAUGGCCGACAUCUACAGUCAAAUGUACGAGAUCAGCAUGCACGUCACCAUGCCCAAGUUCAAGAUCGAGACUGAUUACAGCCUGACUGAGCCUCUGACGGCGCUCGGCAUCCAGGAGAUCUUCUCUCAGGGCGCCGAUUUCUCUCAGAUGACCGACGAGAGAGGCGUCUUUGUCAGCGAUAUCAUCCACAAAGUAUUCAUCGAGGUAACUGAGGAAGGCACAGAGGCCGCCGGCGCCGGUGCGGUCUUCUUCACACGCUCCAUGCCGAUGAACUUCAUCGUGGACAGACCCUUCGUUGCCGUCGUGUACAACCGACCGCUUGGGCUGAACCUGUUUUCCGCCUACGUGGCCUCGCCAGAGUCGGCUGCGGACCCGGCGCCCGCCGCUCGCACAAGGUACAGCCGACCGCAGCUCCCCAAGUUCUUAUCGCAGUUUCCCAGGCGCAACGCGAUCAACACUUUCGAUGGCAGUCGGAUUCGUGAGUUCUUUUCGUCAUCGCGGCUGCUCGGUCAAAGAGAAUGAAAAGCACGCCGUCACUAAAGUCGCGACUAGUGGCGGGUGACCAUUCGGACAGUGCAUCGCUGACCAAAAGGGCACGUUGGUAGGUGGCCCAGAAAGCGAUAACCGUGAUUACUUCACCACUGGUGGUCAGGCGAACCGGAUCUAUCAAUAUGUCAUGGCUUUUCCAUCGGCAGUGCAGUGUCAACGUGUCUAAGCGAGAACGAUUGCCGGAAAUGGGAUAUUGCAGGCUUUGCCUACAUGUUUGUCAAAUAAACUAUAAUAUAAAA